GAAGCGCAGAAAGUUAAAAACACGAAGCACUCCAACAAAAGCAGGAAAAAGCCCCAGAGCCUCCAGAGAAUCGUGACUCGAGGAGAAAGAGCAAUGCGUCACGGGUGGGUGGGGGUGUUCGUAUCCACGCAUUCAGUCAUAGUCACUAUGAUCCUAAACGCGCUCAUUUCGCUCCCCCGCCCCGCGUCGCGUCACAUUCACCGGGGCUGCCCGCGAUACAACUAUUGAUUCCAUCUCUCUCUCUCCCUUCCUCCUUCUCUCCCUCUCUCCAUCACUUCUUCUCAGCUUUUCUUUAAGUGCUGCAGAGAGCACUGCUGCUGCUGCAUUGUGAGGAGAGAAAGAAAAACACUGAAGGAAGAUCCGCGUUAACGCGUUCAGAAAUCUGUCGUUUCCUUCUCCUCUGAGUGAAUGAAGCUGUCUGUCAGAAGGAACCGCACACUUCACACACAUCUCCUGUCCGUCUCCAAACAACUCGAGCCAUUGAUCUCAUCCUCUGAAACACACGUUUGAUUCCUGACUUCUGCAAUCACCAAACAGCUAAACACUGCACAGAUGGAGGACCCCUACAGAGACAAGACGUCUCUGGUCAAAGGUGCUCGAGACAUCGCCAAGGAGGCGAAGCGCCACGCCGCCAAGAAGGUCAACAAAGUGGUGGACCGCGCUUCGAACGAAUACUCUAGCCGCAACUACAGCCGCUUCGAAAACGACGAAGACGAGGGCGCUGACGAAGACCGUUACUGUUAUCAGGACGGUCAGGCUCAGCGGGAGGAUGACGAGGGAUCCAGCGACGCCACCGAGGGCCACGACGACGAGGACGAGAUCUACGAGGGCGAGUAUCAGGGCGUGCCUGCAGGGGGCGGGGCUACAGAUGGGCGUGGCCUGCCUCUGGCAGAUGGGAUGAAGGACAAGAGAGAGCUGGACAAGGAGAGAGAGGCGGAUGAGGAGGAGCUGGCGCAGCAGUACGAGCUCAUCAUCCAGGAGUGCGGACACGGACGCUUCCAGUGGCAGCUGUUCUUGGUGCUCGGCCUGGCGCUCAUGUCUGACGGAGUGGAGGUGUUUGUGGUGGGCUUCGUGCUGCCCAGCGCUGAGACCGACAUGUGUGUGCCCAACUCUGGAGCCGGGUGGCUGGGCAGUGUGGUGUAUCUGGGAAUGAUGGUGGGAGCGUUCUUCUGGGGCGGUCUGUCAGAUAAGGUGGGUCGCCGUCAGUGUCUGCUGGUGUGUAUGUCAGUCAACGGCUUCUUCGCCUUCCUGUCGUCCUUCGUUCAGGGCUACAGCACCUUCCUCUUCUGCAGGAUGCUCUCGGGCUUCGGGAUUGGUGGUGCGGUUCCCAUCGUGUUCUCGUACUUUGCAGAGUUUCUGGCCCGUGAGAAGCGCGGUGAACACCUGAGCUGGCUCUGCAUGUUCUGGAUGGUGGGGGGGAUCUACGCCUCGGCCAUGGCCUGGGCCAUCAUCCCACACUACGGCUGGAGUUUCAGCAUGGGUUCAGCGUAUCAGUUCCACAGCUGGCGUGUGUUUGUGGUCGUCUGCGCUCUGCCCUGCGUCUCUGCGGUUGUGGCGCUCACAUUCAUGCCAGAGAGUCCACGCUUCUACCUGGAGAUAGGAAAGCACGACGAGGCGUGGAUGGUUCUCAAACAGAUUCAUGACACAAACAUGCGUGCGCGCGGCGAGCCAGAGAAAGUCUUUACUGUGAGUCACACACACCAGUCAGACAGAGCUAACCAGCUUGCCUCUUGA